CCAAGCCAAGCCGCGCGCGACGCCAACCACCUUCCACUACUCCUACACUCCCACACACUACAGCUCGCACGUCGCCGCUUCCCCUCCCCCGCCCGCGGCCGCUGCUAUAACUACAGGCCACGGAGCGCCAGCGAGGGGGCCAAGGCCAACCCUAGCUAGCUAGACUUCGCGCGCGUUAGGGGCCAUGGCGAGCGGCAGCGGCAGCGGCGAGGGGAAGGCGGGCCGCGCCGGCGCGGGGUACCAGCAGUACGCCUCGUACGGCACCGGCACCGGCUACGACGAGCGCCAGUGGUGGCCGUGGCUCGUGCCCACCGUGCUCGGCGCCUGCGUCUCGGUCUUCGCCGUCGAGAUGUACCUCAACGACUGCCCCCGCCACGGGAUGUACCUCGGUGGCGACGCGUCCUGCGUCGCCGGAUUCCUCCGCCAGUUCUCCUUCCAGCCGCUGCGCGAGAACCCGCUCCUCGGCCCCUCUUCGGCCACUUUAGAGAAGAUGGGAGCUCUUGACUGGGCCAAAGUUGUUCAUCAACACCAAUGGUGGCGCCUAUUCAGCUGUAUCUGGCUCCAUGCUGGCCUAAUUCACUUGAUUGUCAACAUGAUGAGCUUGCUAUUCAUAGGAAUUCGCCUUGAACAGCAAUUUGGCUUUGUCCGCAUUGGGAUCAUCUACCUGCUAUCUGGCUUUGGUGGAAGUGUUCUGUCUGCACUGUUCUUACGUAAUCACUACAUCUCUGUCGGUGCCUCUGGAGCUUUGUUUGGCCUGCUUGGCUCUAUGCUCUCUGAGCUUAUUAUGAACUGGACCAUUUAUUCCAACAAGGCAGCAGCCAUCACAACUCUUCUGUUCAUAAUUGCAAUCAAUCUGGCAAUCGGGAUACUACCGCAUGCCGAUAAUUUUGCGCAUAUUGGUGGGUUCGUAUCCGGGUUCCUUUUUGGGUUUGUGCUGCUGGCAAGGCCUCAAUUUGGUUGGAUGGAGCGGCAUGAGUUGCCCCAGACCGAUCAACCCCCAAAGUACAAGACGUACCAGUAUGCUCUGUGGGGCGCGGCGCUGCUCUUGCUGCUGGUUGGGUAUGUGGUCGGCCUGGCGAUGCUCUUCAAGGGAAAGAACGGCAACGACGGCUGCCACUGGUGCCGGUACCUGAACUGCGUGCCCUCGUCCAGGUGGAAGUGCAGCACUUAGAAGACAUGGUUCGGUUCCCCCCGUUCGGCGUUUCUCCGAAAUACAUCCCCUCUUCGGAGAACCAUUUUUAUGCUUGUGUGUUUACAAAUACCAACGUCAGAGGCUUGUGCCUAGGAGAGCUGAAUCCCUCCUGUAUCUUGAUUGACGAUGUAAUUUGAGUUUGUACCUAUUGGCCUCAGCAUGAUUCUGCACCGACCAUACCUCUAGAUUUUGCCAUGGUAUGCUGACCUCGCAGGCAAUUCAUCAAGGGAAAGGACACGUCACACGUGUGAUGUGUCUGCAGUUCAUCAUGUGAGCAAAGGAUCUAUCGUGGUUUCCUUUU